AGGCAGGUUUUGUCCGCGGUGCAAGACGGCCUGCCUCUCCUCGCAGGGCAGAGGAAGGGAAGGGGAGCCCUGCCAGGCCACAGCCAGCCAGCCGGGCAUAGAGCAGGGGCCCAGCAUGGCCCGCCGGAGUGGUUCGGGGCAGGGGGCAGGGAGGGCCCGGGAGGCAUUCUCCCGUGUGUGAUGUCUGUGGCGUGGUGCAGGGAAUGGCUGCGUGUGAAGUACUUGACCUGUGCAAGUAGCAGAGGGGUAUUUUAAAAACGGGGUGGAAUUUGAUUCUGACCACAUACGACGGGAUGCUUCAUGGGCCUAAGUGGGAACUUCUGAUGAAGUGGUUGGGUCUUCCGAGUUUUAAUGUCCUUUUAUAAUCCAGGUGAAAGUGGAUAAUAGCAUCACCACAUCUACCAAUGGCAGCACCAGCUCCCAUUGGCAGAAGAAAGAGUGUAGGUUGAAAAUGGCUGUGCUCAUGAGGAAGGGGCUCAGGCAAAGGGACGGCUGGAAGCAGCAGCGUUUCCCCCCUUAGAUGCCUGCAAAAUGAAAACAGGUCCUGCCAGGUGAAGGUUUCUUGGCUAGCUUUUGUGUAUAUGCAAGAAAAUAUUUUAAACUAUUAUGUUAACUUUAAAGAGCCUCCUGUUAAGCAGAGCUGCCUGAGAUGCUGAAGACCUGCUGUUAGAAUUACGCGUACCCUCGCUCUCUGGCACAUUACAGGUGGCUCCAGGCCCAUGGCAGCCUCCUGGGGCGGCCGUUUUGUGGUUGCGUCCACCCCCCUGUCAGAAUUCCAAAAGUGCUCAUGGGCUGAAAGAGAUGGGGGGGCCCAGCACAGAGACUGAGGCCUUCCCUGGCGUUGCACCCCUGGGCCUGCAGCAUGCCACCGCCCUGCCUUCCGUGUGGCCUGCGUGUUCCUGUGCGCUUUGGGCUCUGGGACUCAUGCUAAGCCUUCAAUGCACUCCCUGUCCCGUCCUUUGGGCAGGCUGUGCACUUUUCUGUGCACACACCUGCGCACCUGCAGAGCAGUGCAUGCUUCCCCAGAGCUUUUCAAAGAAGGGGGGGGGAAGCUUUGUGAUUGCCACAUGGGCCAGCCAAUCAGCACUCUGCCUAGGCAGCUUUGUGAUUCCUACCAGGGCCAGCCAAUCCGCUCUGGGGGGAGGAGGCUGGCUGGCUCCUGUGGCUGUCUGCACUCGCUGGGCGGGCAGUGUCAGCUUCAGCUGGAAACAGGAAGAACCGGUUUCCAUCCUUGAGGUCGAUUCAGGGUGGAAAUGUUUGCGUCUGCCUCAGCAGAGUGAGAGGAACCCUCCUGAGACCGCCCCAUGGCCACCCUCCUCGCUGCUACUCGCCUCUCCCGGCCCCUUGCCCAGCUGGCUGUGAAGAGUGCCCGCCUCAAGGAUGCCGCAGCCGGCCGUCGUUGGCCUCUGCCGGAGGUUUGCGUCUCUGUUUUGAGCCAGCCAGGCAGGCGGACUUACGGGACAGACGUAGAAGAGAUCGGCGAGCGACCCGUCCUCAUCACCGGCUGUGACUCGGGCUUUGGCUAUGCCCUGGCCAAGUACUUACACGAGAAAGGCUUCAUCAUCUAUGCCGGCUGCCUGCUGAAGGACCAAGGCCGUGGAGGCUCCAAGGAUCUCGAUGCGAUGAAGAGUGACCGGAUGAGGACAGUGCAGCUCAACGUCUGCGACAGCGAGGAUGUGGCCCGUGCGGUAGACCACAUGACCGCCACGCUGAAGAAUCCCGAGACGGGACUCUGGGGUCUGGUCAACAAUGCUGGGAUCUCGACCUUUGGAGAGGUUGAAUUCACCAGCAUGGACACCUACAAGGAAGUGGCGGAAGUGAAUCUGUGGGGGACCAUCCGCACCACAAAGGCCUUCUUGCCUCUCAUCCGCAGAGCCAAGGGCCGCGUGGUGAAUAUCAGCAGCAUGAUGGGGCGGAUGGCGAACCCUGCUCGCUCCCCCUACUGCAUCACCAAGUUUGGGGUGGAGGCGUUCUCCGACUGCCUGCGCUAUGAGAUGCGCCCCCAUGAUGUGAAGGUCUGCAUUGUGGAACCGGGGAACUUCAUCGCCGGGACCAGCUUGUACAGCCCGGAUCGGAUCCAGGCCAUUGCCGACAAGAUGUGGGAUGAACUGCCCGAAAUUGUGCGUCGCGACUAUGGCCGGAAGUACUUUGAUGAGCAAAUCGCCAAGAUGGAAUCGUACUGCAGCAGCGGCUCCUCAGACACCUCGCCUGUGAUCGAGAGCAUUGCGCACGCCCUGAUGUCCAUUUCGCCCUACACCCGCUACCACCCCAUGGACUACUACUGGUGGCUGCGCAUGCAAGUCAUGACGCACAUGCCUGCUGCCAUCUCAGACCGCCUCUACAUUUACUGAGGGGCAGCAGGAGAACUCACGGGGAGUGUCACGCUGUACAAAUCUGCCAGCAGCCACUUGGUUAGUUGAGUUCAUGGUACUGUAUUUUAGUCCUGAAUUUAUAUUAAUUUAACUUUUGAGCAUAAUUUAAUCCAUGCAUGGUGUGUCUGUCUCAUAAACAGGAAUAUCUUGCAUAGGUUAGAGGGACCCAACUAGCUCCGUGCUAUUCCUUUCAAGUAUUCCCAUUUCCCCUCCUAAUCUCAGCUCUUAGGACAAAAUCUAGGUUGUGUUACUAGUUGCUCUGAAGCCCUGGAACUGCCAGGACCCCCUUGCCUUGGAAAGUCACUCCACUGGAAUGAGCCAAAGGCUGCGGUUGCAGCUGCAGACCAACCAAGGCGGCUUAAAGCGUGCCUGGCCCAAGGCCCCCCAACAUCCCGCCUGCCUGCCUGCCGAGCUAUUCCUCUUGCACCCAUGCCCAGGAGCAGUGUCUUCCCAACUGAGGGCCUGUCCCAGGCCCAUUUUGGCCGCCAUCUCUGCUUGUCCUGCUGGCUGGCCCAGGUGGGAAUCGGUGUGGCAGAGGCCCUGUGAGGAAUGGCUGGGGGCAGAGGCAGGGGGAGGGGUGGGGGGGCAUCUCCUGUAUUCUGCUGGCAUCACAAGCCAUGGGGUGGCAAGGAGCAUUGGUGGCCAGGACACCUGCCAAUGGCUGGGAUGAGGCUCGUGCCCGCCCCCCAUUCCCAGUGCGGUCUGGGCACUGCAGCAGUGCUGUUGCUCUUGCCAGUAAUACACUCCAUAGUAGUCAUGGACACGGAGCAGUGGCUCAGCUGGGAUCUUCAGCGGGCAGUCCCACGGGCAGGGCUGGCAACGCCUGGGCAGCUUAGCAUCUGCAGGGGCUCUUCCAGGAUUUCCAGAGUUUAGUCGCACAAAACUUUGUACAAAAAGGGAGAUACUCAAGAGGUAUUUUUGUGAAGCUUCUGAGGCGAACAGAUCAGUCACAGGAAGUCUGUGAGAGUGGAGUGAAGGGGAAGAAGAAGGCAUCUCACCUCUGUAACAAAUGGGGAGGGGCUGUGUGCAAAGACCCUUGGCCUCAAUUCACAUUAAACAACAGUGACAAAG